AUGACUAUCGAUAUUAUCAAAUUAAAAUGGUAUCAACGUAUUUACAAACGUACUGGAGUUUGGAAACAUUUGACAAGUCCUCUGUACAUCUUAACAGUAUUAUAUUUAGCAAUAUUAUUUACACCAGCUACGUUUUUGUCUGCUACGUGGUAUCCUCGGGUCUACCAUAUUACAAAUCAUGAUGAAUCAUUAACGGAGAAAUAUACAAUUAUUUUCAAUAUAUCGGCAGCUGCAUCUAUCAUCAUCUGUCCGAUCCAUGGAUUUCUUCUUGAUUUCCAAGCUGAUCGAAGUAAAGCACGUCAGUGGCUCAAUAUCUCAAUAUCACAGACAAUAACAUGGUUAGUGAGUAUUAUAUCCUGUAUUUUAUGUAUGUUUGUGACAACAAAUAUUAUAAUUGUUGCUCUCAUUUUCAAUGGUAUUGCUCAUGCAACAAUCGAGGCUGGCAAUAUUGCAAUUAUAGCAAGCUGUUUUCCUUCGGAAUAUCUUGGCACGCUAACUGGUGUCAUGUGGACGGUAGCUGGUCUCAUUACUUUGAUUCAAUAUGCACUCAAUGAAUUAACAUACGAUAUACCUAUGUCUUGGAGGGCUUGGCUCAUUUUGGCUGUGUUGAUUACAUUGAUGUUAUGUCAUGUGGUACAAAUGGAACAGCAUCGCAUUCGAACAGGAAAAGUCCGUGUUGAAAAAGUUUCACGUCGUGAUCGAUCAACUCAUCGUAAAUGUUCGACAUCACUGACACGAAUAACUUCUGUCAAACAUAUUUCCAUUCGGUCAGCUAACAGUGUUCGUUCGUCUUCACGAAAUAGAAAAAUAAUCAAAGAUCAUCAUUAUCAAAAUAAUUCAUCUGAUCAUAUUUUCGACAAAUCAGAACAAUCAUCAGUAGGAUCAACGAACACUGUGAAUUCUGUUCGCGUGACAAAAGUUCAACGUGUGCCAUCUGUGUUUCGACCAAAUCCAGUUUCAAGUACAAACAGCUCAUUUGAAAUACUUGCAAAAAGUGAAAUCAAUCUUAGUCAAAACGAGAUUAGCGGCGAACCAACGAAAAGUAUCAAAAAACGAUCAUUGGGGACAAUAGAAAACCUGAUGACCUCGCUACACCAAUAUCGUCAUCCAUCAAAACAGAAAAGUCUCAAAACUUUCAUGAAACUAUGUUGUCGAUGUACACGAAAACGUGCAUUAUUAUUUUUGAUAUGUGCCAUACUUUUUGGUGUUCUUCUCAGCAUACUUCUUAUUAUUCUCUUACGAAAAUCCAAAUCAACAUCAAAUCAAACUUAUCGUGAAGUUUAUCUUCGAUGGAAUACAACUGGUAUUACAAUAUAUGGCACAACAGGUCUUAGAGGAAACACAUCGACACAAUUGUCCAGUUCUUUUGGUUUAGUAUUUGAUUCCGAUGAUAAUCUUUAUAUCGGUGAUCGUUAUAAUCAUCGUGUUCAAAAAUGUUCAAUUAGAAAUACAUCGUGUAUAACCAUAGCUGGUCAAGCAAAUGCUGUUUCAGGAACGAAUAUGAGUGAUCUGAAUGGACCAACUUAUCUUUUUAUGGAUGCAAAUAACAACCUAUACAUAGCAGAUUCAGGAAAUCAACGAAUUCAAUUUUGGACUUAUGGAGCAAAUUAUGGCAAAACGAUUGCUGGAGUAACAGGCUCAGCAGGUUCUGGCUUAAAUUAUUUUAAUAUUCCAUAUGAUGUGGCACUGGAUUCAAGAUCGAAUGCUGUCUAUGUUUCAGAUCAUAAUAAUCAUCGUGUUAUGAAAUAUGUCUUCGGAAAUUUAACCGGGAGUAUUGUUGCUGGCGGAAAUGGUUUUGGAACAAACAAUACACAACUAUAUCGACCUGCUGGUCUCGUUUUCGAUUCAUCAACAAAUGCUCUUAUUGUUGUGAAUUUCGGUGCCACUAAUAUUGUUCAAUGGAAAUUAGGUGAUUCCAAGUGGACAAUUGUUGCUGGUGAUUCGAAUGGAUUGAAUGGAAAUACAUCGACAUUACUUGAUCAUCCAACAGGUGUGACCUAUGAUCCAAUAGGUAAUAUGUAUGUGGCAGAUAUGUUCAAUCAUAGGAUACAAAUGUAUUCCAUUGAUCAAUCAAAUGCAACAACUAUUGUUGGAGUUUCAGGGCAACUUGGUACGAAUUCAGCUAUGCUUAAUUAUCCUGUAUCGGUUGCAUUUGAUCAUCAACUUAAUCUAUAUGUUGCUGAUUCAUUAAAUCAUCGAAUACAGAAGUUUUUACGUUAUUAG